AUGGAUAAAUUCGCGGCGCUGAAAACUGCGGUUGACACGGCGGAGCUGGUCGACGCCCACGCGCACAACAUUGUUGCGGCGGACUCCACCUUCCCCUUCCUCAGCUGCUUCUCGGAGGCCGCCGGCGAAGCCCUGUCCUACGCACCGCACACCAUUAAUUUCAAGAGAAGCCUGAGAGAGAUUGCUGAGCUUUACGGGUCUGAUUUAUCACUGGAUGCUGUUCAAGAGUACCGGUCCAGAUCUGGAGUGGAAUCAGUGACUGAGAGGUGCCUUAAAGCUGCUAGAAUCAACGCCAUAUUCAUUGAUGAUGGGCUUGAGCUGGACAAGAAGCUGGAACUUGAGUGGCACAAGAAAUUUGUUCCGUUUGUUGGUAGAAUAUUAAGGAUCGAACGCGUGGCCGAGAAGAUUCUGGAUGAGGGCAGUCCAGAUGGAAGUGAAUGGACACUGGAGUCAUUUACAGAAACAUUUGUGGAUAACUUAAAUACGCAUGCUGACAAAAUCAUUGGCUUUAAAAGUAUAGCUGCAUACCGCAGUGGACUUGAAAUUAAUUCAAAUGUCUCGCAAAUGGACGCCAGUGAGGGCUUGAAGGAUGUCUUGCGAGCUGGAAAACCUGUUCGCAUCACAAAUAAAAACUUUAUUGAUCACAUCUUCAUCCGUGCGUUGGAGGUUGCCCAAUGCUUUGACUUGCCGGUGCAGAUACACACAGGUUUUGGGGACACAGAUCUUGAUUUACGGUUAUGCAAUCCCCUUCAUCUUCGUAAACUUCUUGAGGACAGAAGAUUCAGCAAAUGCCGACUUGUUUUGCUACAUGCAUCAUACCCUUUUUCAAAAGAAGCAUCAUACCUGGCCUCUGUGUACCCUCAGGUCUUUCUGGACUUUGGGCUGGCAGUGCCUAAACUUAGCUUUCAUGGGAUGCUAUCAUCAGUCAAAGAGCUCUUAGAGUUGGCACCAAUAAAGAAGGUGAUGUUCAGCACUGAUGGCUGUGGUUUUCCUGAGAGUUUCUACUUAGGUGCAAAGAAAGCACGCGAGAUUGUUUUUGCUGUUCUGCGUGAUUCGUGCAUAGAUGGAGAUCUUUCAGUUCCAGAAGCUGUCCAAGCCGCUAAAGAGAUAUUUUCUGAAAAUGCAAGAGAGCUGUACAAAAUUAAGCAUGAUCUAGAAUUGUUUAAUUUGAACAACAUUGCAUGCUCCUCAGUGAAGCUCGGCAUAAGUGCUUCUGCUCCAGAUGUUGCAUAUAUUCGCUUGAUUUGGGUUGAUGGUUCUGGACAGCAGAGAUGCCGCGUGGUUCCUCAAAAACGUUUUCAUGAUCUUGUUACGAAGAAUGGUGUUGGUUUAACCUGCGCAUCUAUGGGGAUGUCUUCCCACAUGGAUGGUCCUGCUGAUGGAACCAAUCUUAGUGGAGUGGGUGAAAUCAGACUCAUUCCUGAUCUAUCAACCAAAAGCAUAAUUCCUUGGGCAAAAGAACAGGAAAUGGUUCUAGCUGACAUGCACAGUAAACCUGGAAUUCCAUGGGAGUAUUGCCCCAGAGAGACUCUGAAAAGAGUUUCAAAAGUUCUAAAAGAUGAUUUUAACUUGGUAAUGAAUGCAGGAUUUGAGAACGAGUUUUAUCUCUUAAGGACUGUGAUAGUGGAUGGGACAGAAAAAUGGGUCCCAUUUGAUGCAACUCCUUACUGCUCAACGUCCGCAUUUGAUGCUGCUUUUCCUGUACUUAAUGAAAUUGUGACUUGUCUCCAGUCCUUGAAUAUUGUAGUGGAACAGCUGCAUCCAGAAGCUGGGCAUGGUCAAUUUGAACUCGCAUUGGGGUACACUACCUGUGAAAAAGCUGCUGACAACUUGGUUUACACACGUGAAGUUAUUCGGUCUGUCGCCAGAAAACAUGGGCUAUUGGCUACUUUUGUCCCCAAAUAUGAUCUCGAUGAUAUUGGCUCUGGCUCACAUGUGCACUUAAGUUUGUCUAAGAAUGGAGAAAAUGUGUUUAUGGCACGAAACGGAGCAACUAGGUAUGGGAUUUCUACAAUUGGGGAGGCGUUCAUGUCCGGCGUGUUGAAUCAUCUCCCCUCGAUAUUGGCAUUUACAGCACCAGUCCCAAAUAGUUAUGAUCGUAUACAACCCAACACAUGGAGUGGGGCAUACCUGUGCUGGGGCACGGAAAAUAGAGAAGCUCCUCUUAGAACUGCGUGCCCACCUGGGACCCCAGAUGGCCACGUAAGCAAUUUUGAGAUAAAGGUGUUUGAUGGCUGUGCAAAUCCUUAUCUGGGCCUAGCUGCCAUAAUUGCCGCUGGAAUAGAUGGCCUACGCAGACAGUUGAGCCUGCCCGAACCAAUCGAUGAUAAUCCUGACAAUGUCAAAGAUAGAGUUCAACGGCUACCUCAAUCCCUCUCAGAAUCUGUUGAGGCCCUGGAAAAAGACUCGGUUAUGAGAGAUUUAAUUGGUGAAAAGCUUUUGGUUGCAAUCAAAGGGAUUAGGAAGGCUGAGAUAAAGUACUAUUCUGAAAACAAGGAUGCUUGGAAGAAUCUUAUCAACAGAUAUUAA